AUGCGUAGUGCCAGAAGAUCUCUCACCGAGGCCACUGCUGCCGCCCGCCUCAGGCAUCGCAAGUCGCACUCCGAAGAUCGCGGCUUCGCUGGACGCAUUGAGGAGGCAAUGACAAACCCGGGUUCCGUGAAGAUAAACGUCAAGGGUGCUUUCAUUGUCGAAGAGGAAGACGAAUCCCCGUCUCCGCCUAAUGGCACGCCAAAGGAUGGUGUUCACUAUGAACGCAAAGAUAUUCGUUUGCCUCACCAUACGGCCGUCGUGAGUCAUGUUGCCGUCGAUAUCGGAGGGUCCUUAGCGAAACUGGUCUAUUUCUCUAAAGAGAUCGGAUCACCAGACAACGGAGGACGCUUGAAUUUUAUUAACUUCGAGACCGAGCGGAUCGAUCUAUGUAUUGAGUUCAUAAGGGAGCUGAAAGAACGCCACGAGAGAAACUAUGCCACUUCCCCCGGUGAGCUCUGCGUCAUGGCCACUGGCGGUGGUGCUUUCAAGUACUACGACCAUAUUAAAGAAUCCUUGGGGAUUAAUGUGCUUCGGGAAGAUGAGAUGGAGUGUUUGAUUAUUGGGCUGGACUGGUUCAUUACCGAGAUCCCGAACGAAGUGUUCGCCUACAGCGAGACCCUUCCAACAGAGUUCGUAGAACCUCGACCGGAUGUCUACCCGUACUUACUUGUGAAUAUCGGCUCUGGAGUGUCAAUGGUGAAAGUCUCAGGACCACGGCAGUUCCAGCGUGUGGGAGGAACUUCUCUGGGUGGCGGCACGUUUUGGGGCAUAAUGUCUUUGCUCACUGGAUCGCGGACUUUCGACGACAUGCUGGCCAUGGCUGACAGAGGCGACAACAGUGGCGUAGACCUACUCGUCGGAGAUAUCUAUGGCACGGAUUAUAGCAAGAUUGGAUUGAAGGCUACAACUAUUGCUAGCACUUUUGGAAAGGUGUUUAAGAUGAAGAGGCUGGCCGAGCGGCAUGCUGAGGCUGGAGAGGGCCCGUCACAUCCUGAAAGCGAUUCGGAUACAGACGCCUCGCAUAACAACAUCGGCCAAAUCGCUUACCUUCAAUCCGAAAAACACAAAAUAAAACACAUCUACUUUGGCGGAUCCUUUAUCCGUGGCCACCGCCAAACAAUGAACACGCUCUCCUACGCCAUUAGAUUUUGGUCGAACGGAGAGAAAGAGGCAUAUUUCUUGCGCCAUGAAGGAUACCUUGGUGCUGUUGGUGCUUUCCUCAAAAGGAAGCCCGAGACCUGGGGACGCAGAAAAAGCCUGGAGGACGCGGUUGUUUCUCGAUAUGCUGGCUGCAGGGAGAAUUUGCGUCGGUGUGCUACUAAUGAAGACCGGGAGUUUGGGGUGUCGUAA